ACGCAGGAGCCGGCUAUUUCCUUUAUACAGUGUACGUGCGACCAGUGGCUCGUUAAGACUCCUAAAACCUCCUCUGGAUAAUAAUUUUAAAGUCCAUUUAACAGCAACUCACUCCUCACACAGUCAAAAUGUCUGAUUAUGAAGAGAAUGAGUCCAAGUUCCUGCGAAAAGCAAAGGAAAAUCCAUUUGUCCCAGUGGGAAUGGCAGGAUUCUUUGCCAUCGUUGGGUACAGACUGCUGAAAAUGAAAAGUCGCGGCGAUACGAAGAUGUCAGUUCACCUGAUUCACAUGCGUGUGGCUGCUCAAGGAUUUGUAGUUGGAGCCAUGACAAUUGGGGUCAUUUAUUCAAUGUACAGAGACUACAUCGUCAAACCCAGAGAAGAGCAGAAAGCAGUCACACAAAAAUAACACGGACUCUUGCCCUGAUAGUUUAUGUCCCUUAAUAUUACCUCAUAUUAAGGUGUGUAAACCCUUUUAUUUUAUUAGAGAUGUGUCAUCAUUUUUGUAUGAACAUGUCCUUCGCCACCUAACCUUUUACUGUAUAUAUUUAUAACUUAUUGAUUACAGUUCCUGUCUUUAAGAUAGUGUACCAGAUGGUCAAGCCAUCAUUCCCGUAAUGAAAAUAAGUUGUAUUGACACGGCUGUUUUUACAGUGGUUGCACUCUGUUGAUUUGCAGCUGUAAAGCUCCCUGGUGUGCUAUCACUGUGGACAGGUGACAUGAUAUGAUACAGAGUUCUGCUGCCUUUCUUUUUAAUGUGAGUUAGAUAUGGAAGUAAAACAGUUUGAGGAGGCUCAGUAAAGAUAUAAACAGCAAUAGCAGAAAGUGUUUUUUUUUUUCUCCGUCACUGUUGUUGUAUUCUUUUGUAUACUAAUAUAGGAACUUUUGCCAAAUUAAGAAUACUUGCACCUUAGGCUAUUUUUAGAUGUGAAUGCCUGAGCAUUGGGGGGGGGGGGGCAUGAUACUGAUGGCCUUGAUAAUAUCUGGUCUUAUGAAAGCCUUAUAACUGAUUUUAAUUACACUAUCAGAUUAUCACACAAAACAAAUGUAUGAAUAGAAAGUAAUGUAAUUUUCCACAAUGUUGGAAACUCCCAUCAAACAAAACCACAAAAGUGUUGGUAGAAAUAAAGCAAGUGGUUCAGUGACUGGUCUUUGAAUAUAUUGAUUUUAAAGGCCAGGUCCUUUUUUAUAAUAUCAUUAUUCGUGGCACAAAGGGGUCCAACGUUUCAUUACAUCAGCUUCACAUCUUCAUGUGAUGUGCCAGCUAAACUGAGGUACAACUAGACUUUUUGACAGUUUGAAUAUCAUGCUGUACAGUCAUCUUGUAAUAUAUAAUGCCUCAUUACAUCCUUCACAAAGUUGAGUUUACUUGAUCUGUAGCAUAUUAAAGGAUAUUUUUGAAGGUUUUAAAAUUUUCUUUGAAAAUAAAAAAAGCGUCUCGUCAUUCUGACACGGCGUUAUCAUUUUGAAACCUCUCCAUGUUGCACUGAAAUGUCUUUUCACCAUUAAAGCGUAUUUCUUAUACAAACGCUAA